GAGCUGCAUUGGUGUGUUAACAUUGAGUGUCAUGUUUAACUAAGCCAAAUACAGUGUGCAAAGCCAUGGCAAACUUAGUUUAGACCAAAAAAUUUGUAUCUACAUGAAUACACAAUGAUUUUAGUGAAUAGUUACUGUUUUAUUUUUUGUAAUCUUGUUUGUAAAUGGUAAGAUUGGUUCUGUGUUCAAAAUUCUGUCUUUUAAAAAAAAAAAUCAAAUGGCACACACUUUGACAACUUGUGUCUAGACAAAACUAGUGACUCAGUCUAAUAGAGCUCUUUUGCCUUUUAAUAUCUUCCUUUUUUUUAUUGGAUUUGUGUGUCCUGUUCAAGUAAGCAGAAUACAGUGUUCAAGGUCAUGGCAACCUGAAAUCAGUCCAGCAUUUAUUUAACACUGUUGAGAUUGGUUGGCGAAGACGAGUGAUUGAUUCGAAGCUGAGCAAAGGUCCGUUGUUUCAACUUUUCUGUAUGAAAGCAUCAUCGUAAGACCUGCUAGCAGACACGUGGAUGCUGUCGAGUAAUAAAGAUGAAGCGAAUUCUGCUCCUGCUGCUCUGUUCUCUGUGCUUUGUUCAUGGCCUUGUGAGGGUGCCUCUGAUGAAGAUGUCCCCUCUGAGGAGUCAUUUAAGAGCAACUAACCAGCUGCAGGAAUUUCUGAAAGAUCACCAGCUAGAUGCUUUCUCUCGCCGCUAUGCCCAGUGUUACCCUUCCAACUUAGCAUCUCUCAAACCAGGCAAAGCAGUAGUGAGACUCUACAACUUCAUGGAUGCAGAGUACUAUGGACAGAUCAGUCUGGGAACCCCAGAGCAGAACUUCACUGUGGUCUUUGACACCGGAUCUGCUGAUUUGUGGGUGCCUUCGUCUUACUGUGUCAGUCAAGCGUGUGCUGCACAUCACAAGUUCAAGGCUGUGGAGUCGAGCACCUACGUUCACGAUGGCCGAAUCUUUGGCAUUCAUUAUGACUCUGGCCACCUACUGGGCGUGACUGCUAAAGAUACCCUGAGGGUGGGCUCUAUGGUUCUGCCGGAUCAGGUGUUUGGGGAAUCGGUGUAUGAGCCAGGUAUGUCAUUUGUCAUGAGCAAGUUCGAUGGAGUUUUGGGCCUCAGUUACCCAUCGCUGGCUGAGGAGCAUGGAGAGCCAGUAUUUGACAACAUGAUGAACCAGAAGAAACUGGAAAAGCCCAUGUUCUCCUUCUACCUCAGCAAGAAUAGCAGAAAUACUAAUCUGGGAGGAGAACUGUUGCUGGGAGGUAUGGAUGAAGAGCUCUUCAUUCGUCCCAUUAACUGGCUCCCAAUUACUCUAAAUGGCUACUGGCAGAUCAAAGUAGACGCAGUUAAGGUUCAAGGAAGUGCUACCUUCUGCCAUUCUCGCAGUUGCCAGGCUAUUGUUGACACGGGAACGUCUCUCAUCACUGGGCCGACAGCGUACAUCUUGACCCUUCAGCAGCUCAUUGGAGCUACGCUUACUCCCAUAGGAGAGUUUCAGGUUGACUGCAAAAGGAUCAGCAGUUUGCCGGUGGUGUCUUUUGUACUUAAUGGAGUGGAGUAUUCCCUCACUGCAGAUGACUACAUCCGCAAAGAUAAAUUAAAUAAAGAAGACGUUUGUUUAAGUGGCUUUCAAGUGAUGGAUAUCGCGUCUCCAUUCGGUCCUGUCUGGAUUCUUGGGGACUUUUUCCUCUCACAGGUUUACAGUAUCUUUGACAGGGGUCAGAACCGAGUUGGCUUUGCUCGACUCUCUGACAAGGUCAAAAGUCUCCCUACUCAGUAACAGUGGGAGUCAGGCUCCCUCACUUCCUGGUUCUGAAGAGCAUGACACUGAAACAUUUAAUCAUUAAAAUCUUGCAUUUGAGUGCUAUCUGUUAUUUCACAACUUUAAGAAGCAGAGUGAUUGACAUUUACAACAUUUUGUGAUGAUAGUGACUAAUUAAACUAAUGUCUAAUC